AAGAACGCCAUUAUUUGUCAAUCCGAUAUGAUGUAGGGCUAAAAUUCAGUUAAAUUACUGUCAGUAUUUGUUUUUUAUGUGGCAGAAUUGCUCAAAGUGAGCACAAUUGAUUAAGAUGAAUUGAAUAUCAAGUAAAAAGCAAAUGAAGAAGCAUUGAGUAUGGUCACAAUGAGCUCCGAAAAAGCCGUUAGGCGCAAGCAAGAGCCAAAUGGCGGACAGCAGGUGGCACAGGUUCACACGCCUAACUCUGACGACACGCCUAACCACCUGGUCUACAAAAAGAUGGAAGGGAUUGUUGAAAGAAUGCAAGACGAGAACACCGGAGUUCCUGUUCGUACAGUGAAAAGCUUCAUGUCUAAAAUUCCUUCAGUCUUUACAGGAUCUGAUCUUAUUCUUUGGAUGGUGAAAAAUCUGGAUGUUGAAGACACAACUGAAGCCCUGCACCUAGGCCACCUCAUGGCUGCCCAUGGAUAUUUCUUCCCCAUCGACGACCACAUGCUUACUGUUAAAAAUGACAAUACCUUCUACCGAUUCCAGACUCCAUACUUUUGGCCAUCAAAUUGUUGGGAACCAGAAAAUACAGAUUAUGCUGUGUAUCUCUGCAAGCGGACGAUGCAGAACAAAACAAGACUGGAGCUGGCAGACUACGAGGCAGAGAGCCUUGCGAGACUGCAGAAGAUGUUCUCGCGCAAGUGGGAGUUUAUAUUCAUGCAAGCGGAAGCCCAGAGCAAAGUAGACAAGAAGAGGGACAAGUUGGAACGCAAGGUUCUCGACAGUCAAGAGAGGGCUUUUUGGGACGUUCACCGACCAAUGCCCGGAUGUGUCAACACGACAGAGCUGGACAUCAAGAAGGCGUGUCGUAUGAAUAAGAUCGUCCCUGCGCGGCCCGGCGAGACCACAGCCAACGCUCAGACUACGGCUACGGUCGAAGCUCUUAACAAGGAAAUCACGAUGCUCAAAUCACGCCUCGACCGUCGCAAUUUCAAAAUCUCCAAAGUUGCAGAGUCAUACAUCAGUUACUUUGAGCAGUAUUCAGAAUAUGAUUCAUUCUUCACACCUCCGGAAAUGGCGAAUCCAUGGAUAUCGGACAGUCCAGACUUCUGGGAUCAGUAUAAAGAAACGAAAGACAUUUCUGCCAGAAGGGUCAAGAGAUGGGCCUUCAGUUUGAAGGAGUUAUUGGCAGACCCUGUAGGAAGAGAACACUUCAUUAAAUUUUUGGAAAAGGAGUUCAGCGGGGAAAAUCUUAAAUUUUGGGAGGCAGUGCAGGAGUUGAAGGCUCUGCCACAGAAGGACGUAGCGCAGAGAGUGACAGAGAUAUGGACCGAGUACCUAGCAUCAGACGCCAGCUGUCCCAUCAAUGUAGACUCUCACUCACACGAGAUCACCAAGCGUAACAUGGCGCAGCCCGACCGCUGGACGUUUGAUACUGCUGCGGCUCAUGUGUACCACCUGAUGAAGAGUGAUAGUUAUUCCAGAUAUUUGCGAUCAGAAAUGUAUAAAGAUUUCCUUAAUGGAUCGAAAAAGAAGAAGAGGAGAACCAAGUACUAAGCCAGGCAGGAGAGAGACGUCGAUGAAGGGUAUCCGAUCCAUAGUUUCGUUCUCCACUCGGAAGGAUACUGCCACCUCGUAGACACGUCUGCACCAACAUCCGCAUUUACCUAAACCAACAUUUUUAUAUCCAAUGACAAUCUGGCACUUAUAUUUUGUAUGGAGUUUUUCACCGUCACUGCCAGACCUAGUAUGUAACAGUUGGAUCCAUCAUCGGUUCUGUUUUUACUUAAGACUAUAUCUUUAAUUUGUUAUUCUUUCAUUUGGAUACUAAAUUGUGGGUGAAUGUUAAGAAAUCAUUUAAUCUGUGUGUGAAUUUAGAAUGUAGGGAGGGGAGGGCACUGAUGUCAUUUGUUAAAUGGGAUUGUUAGUUGGAAGCCUUCAGAUUGGGCUGCGGUUAGACAAGGUUGUGUCAUAAUUUUAUCAGCUCCCUGAUUUAUUAUAAUGGUUUGUUUGUAAAGGUUCUCAUACUAAAUGAACCUUGCUUUUAUGUUCGCAUCCAGUUUGUGGAUUUGCUCUGUUACAUAUAUGGUCAGGCUUGUAAAAGUGACUACAAACGGUAUUUACUGUAAAAUGACAGUAAAUGCCAUAUUGUCUAUUUUUAAUAUAGAUUUUAUGGUUGUUACUUUGUUAUAAAAGUAAUUACUUGUAUCUUUUAGAAGAACCAAGACAUAAUUUUACCAAAUCAUUCUAUUAAUUUGUUCUAGAAAUAAAAAUUUGGUAAAUUGUGUAAAUAUGCAUUUUACAAACAAGACAAAAUUGUAUUUAGAAGUAUUACUUAUUGCUUUAGUUUAUAGUGUAAAUUAUUUUGGUGUAUUUUAUUUUAAGUACUUAAUAAUUUGGGGUUUCUUUAGUAUAUUUAAGUCUUUAUUUUUGUAUUUAUUCGUAUUACAUUACAUUCAAACUGUACUUUUUAUAGUGAGAGCCCUGUUGAAGAUUUCAUCUACCAUUAGAUAUUAAUAAAUGUGAUAUUUUUAACGAAUAAUCUUAACCCAAGAGAGGUAAUUAAAAUUGUAAAUAAUAGACUGUAGAUAAUGGUUGUUUUAUAAAGGUAUAAUUUUCUUUGACUGGUUGUACUCUUGGAAGUAAGAUCUUAAUUGUUAAGUAAUUGCCAGAAGUGAUCAACUGCCUGAGUAAAAUCACCUUGUGAAUAUAAACUAACCUAUAAAGUAGUAAUAUAAUCUUUAUUUUAUAUUUUUUAAUUUAUUUUUAGGAUGAAUAUUCAUUAUAAUGUAUUUCUCAAUGGAAUACCUACAUAUUUUUUUUAACGUUGUACAGAGGUUUUGAGAUUUUUAUUUUGAGUACAACCAGGAAUGCCAAAAGUUUCGCCAAAGAUUUCCCACCAUCUGUUCUAGUGGUACGAGUAACCCUUUAGAUCUAUGUGUAAAUAGUUAGUUUAGCUUUGAGGAAUUUUAGAGCUCAAACAUAUAUUUUGACAAUGCACAAACGGUCAUGCAAGAUGAAAUUGUCCAGCACAAAUUAAUACAUAGUGGAAUAAAUACAUUUUGCUGUGAUUUUUAUUUUUGUUUUUACGUAAAUUGUUUAUGUUGCAAAUUUUUUUCCUAUUGUAAUUUCUAAUUAGUUCAACACUAUUAUCUACUUUAACUUAAAUAUACUGUAGCUUCAGAUAAUUUAUGUUUCAUUAACAUGACUGUUCGUUUUCAUCUUGUACUUUCAUUCACUGUUUAACACGUUCACUGCGGUAUACAUCAAACAGGCGCUCGCCCAUGGCGGCGAGGCCCAUCAGCGAACGCAAUUGGCAUUCAAAUAUUUCAGUCUGACGAAUUACAAAAGAGCAGGGGUGAAGCAGUAGUUCACUGAAACACCUAAGGGUAGCAGCACUGAUUGGAUCCGUAGCCAGUGUCUUUGUAAUGUCGCUCAAAGAGAGAAAAUCCCCGAAACCGGGACAAAAGCAUUGCCAGAUGGGAUUUUACAGGAAAUUUUAGUACCAACCUACACCAAAGUAAAGCUCACAUUCUAAGCUACAGGCUGGCAACGAUUAUAACGGUCCGCGUCAAUGGGCCGAUUAUGACCGCACAGCCGGCACCGGCCGAUUUCGACCGCUCAGCAGCGAACGUGUUAAAAACUUUAUUAACUAUGUCCUGUAUCAGAAAUUUACUGCCACAUUUUCUUAACUAGUAUUCAACUAUUAUUAAGAAUGCAAAGUGAACCAGAAAGAAUUCUUAUUUCAACAGAAUUAGUUACCUCAGUAGCACUACAAAACCAAAUGUGGAGACUCAAAAGUCAUCCUUUCUCUUACUGAAUUGUCUAUUGAGCUCUACACUUCUGAUCAUCAGUACGUUUAUCUCAUCGUUGACUCUAUGUCCAUUGCUGUCUCCUAUCGUGAUCAAGUCCUACUCUAUGCGGGUAACCUGCCUUGCUGUCGCCCAAACCCUCUAUGUUGGCAAUGGGAAUAUAUUUCUUUAUCUCAACGCGCCAACCUGUCUACUGUUUCUACAACUUUUUGUUGUUUCUAAGAAGUCUGGUUAUCCGAUCGGUUGAAUACACUUGGAAAUCACAAACAUAUUAAAAAUAAGAUCAACUAGUUGGUCUAAGUAGUUUUUAAUCGGCAAAAAUUGUUUUGUUUUAAAUCUACACAACAUUUUCAAUAAACUGUUUAUUUUAAUUGAUUGAACAUACAUUGGUUAUCUCUGUGUAAUGCCAAAGUUCCUAUUUAUUUUAAGGCUCGUCCAAACCGAAGCGGGAAAGUGGCAGGAGCGGGAAGGGGGUAGCCCACACCGAAGCUGCAGACAGCGGGAAGCGGGACGACUCCUCCGUUCAUUUUCAUCUUAGUUACAGAGUGGCUGUGUUAAGUGAAUGUUUGUGUUUUAUGCGUUCAUUUCAUGAAUCGUAAUGUAAAGGAAGAAGCUUUUCUCUUGCUAGCAACAGCUGAGGAUGAAGAUGAAGCUGCAAGACGGCGAUCUGUUUGGGUUCAUGAAAUUAAUUUAAAUAGACAUUUAUUUGGCGAAAUACCACCAUACCCUUAUGCAGAAUCUAAGGAAAGACGAAAGGCAGUUUCAAAGGGGGUUAUCUACUAUCCAAAAACUACUUUAAAUUUCAAUAAUUUUAUGGUGAGGUGGCUAAAAAUAACAACUCUUAACAUCAUGAGCCAUGUACCAAUGUGUUCCCGCGGCGGUACGAGCGGGAAAAUCCAUCAUGUUUCAAGCCGGCGGGACAAUCGAACAACGCUGCGGGACGGCGGGAGCGGUACCGCUCUAGUGUGGGUGCUCACAUCUAACACCAUGUGUUUUAAAAUCCCUCGCGGGAAUUCGUCCCGCCACCUUCCCGCUCCCGCCGCUUUCCCGCUUCGGUUUGGACGGGCCUUUAAACGGUUUCUGGGACUGCAGCAAAUCAUAAAAGUUAUAUAAUUUGAAAACUUUUAUAGGGGGAAACAUUUUAUUUAUUUGAGUAAAACUGAUCAGAUAACCUGAACAUUUAGCUUUCAAGUUUUGUUUGGAAUUGUAGUUUUUUUUAUUGAUGACCUUAGGUAAUUUGUAAUUUUGUAGCAAAGUACUAGUAUUGAAAAAAGGUAGCUAUGUGAUUAGUGUAAAUGUUAUGUUUUAAAUAAUUUUGACUUUUUAAAGUAUUCCAUUACUUUUUAGAAACUAUUUUGCCAAACUUCAGUUUUAAAGUAUAAUUUUUAUAAGUUUUACUCUUGCAGAUAUUGAAUUAUUUUUUUCAUUGGUUUAAAUUUUUAAGUUGGUUUGUUAGUUAUAGCUUUAUCAUUUUGCAGUUGAUUUUUAAAAAGUUUGGUCUCUUUUUAUGUCAAAAUUGCGACUAAGUUACCAUGUCCAUUGUCAAUACAUAUUUUCUUUUUCUCCAAAACCAAAAGGUGAAAACAUGUAAUUUACAGAAAUGUUCAAAGCUAGUGGAUAAAAUGGGUUUAAAUGUUUUUAGAUCUGUAAAACAAUUCACAUUACCUUGGUUGAUAUAGUUUAUUAUGUAAUAUUUUGUGUUUUUUUCCAAAUGGAAUGUCUCCUGGUAGCAUUUAUUAUCCUACAUGUUUUUAAGUUACGAAUACGAUUAAUGGAAUCUCAUUUACGUAUUUUUAAACACAAUACUCUUUAUCAGUAUUAAACUUAAAUAAUUUAAAAUCUUAAGCCUACUCAUAUAUUAGUUAUAGCCUAGAGAAAACUGUAAUUCAAAUAUGAAGCUUAAGGUACAUUUAUUUUCCCUGAUUUGUCGUUUAGUCUUGUAUUGGUGUUUAGGGGGCAUGAUUUAGUUUUAGUUUGAAUGUUGUAUCGCUACCUGUAUCGUGUAUGUUGAAGUAUCGAGGUUGUUAAAUAAAUUGCCAUUCCAACCUAGAGUCGGUUCCAUAUGCACACCUAAUACAAGGCACAAUAUUUAGUAGACGAGACGCGAAGUCGACCGUAAGUAGCUACAACCUACAAGUAUCGUAAUUUUACUUUAAACGUGUGUCGUGUAAAAUAUUAUUUUACCGGAACAAUUUUAAAAUAGUCUUAAAUGAAUAUUUGAUCUGUAAAUAUGUUAAUCGAUCUUUGAAAGAUUCAUCUGUAAAGUUUGCACGUUUGUGCAGUAAUAAAUUACUUGUUGUCCAUUAUUAUCAUUGUCUGUAAAAAUAAAUCUAGUCUUGUCAAGAUUA